AUGGCCCAUUCUCUGCCGCAUGAUGCGGUGUUCGACUAUCCCAAGGGCCAGUUCACGGUGACGGAGGUGGACAGCGAGACGUUCAGGGAGUGCUACCUUCAGGGCAACACCGUCCACGAGUGGACCUCCGGCCACGACGUCGUCCCGCUAGAGAACCCCGGGCGGCGCUGGUUCUUCUCCAGCCUCGCCAACCACUGCGACCUGGGGCUCAAGCUCUUCGUCAGCGUCGCCGGCGGCAGCGCCUCCGGGGCCCCAGCGCCUGCGCCGGAGCAUCAUCAGCCGCCUAAUCCGGCGCCUUCGCCUGUCAACGUUCGUCCGAUGUCUCCGGCGCCCACGGCGGUGUCCCCUGCGCCCACUCCGGAAGCUCCUCCGUCGCCGGACAAGUCGUCCGCCGGCUUGAACUGCUACAAGAUCGGCGAGGCGGUUGCUCGGGCGGCUGUCGUGGCAGGCGCCUUUGUCGCGGCCGUGUUCGUGUAG